AGAUAAAAUACCCACAUCUCAGCAUGGCCGAUGAUGACAGAGACACACAGCAGUUAGCAGAACGUUUGAAAGACACGAGUAUCAAAGAAGGAAUUUUAGUUGAUGUAGAGUCUACAGAAGACAAAGAAAGCACGCCCACGGUGAAUGUCGGUGCUGACUUGGAUCAACAUCCAAGCAAAGAGAUACCCUCCGCCGAAGCACAACAAGCUGCUUCGUAUGUACAGAAUCAAGAACAAACGACAACAACGUCACGGCAAUUUCAGACGGACGUACCGACCUUUGACUUUCAUCGCUUUUUAGAACAAAUGAAGGACCCCAGUGCUGCACCUAUUGCACGAUACACCAAAGGGUUUAUUGCAGCAUUUCAUCGAAGAGAAGCUUGGACAGUCAACGAGCAAAUCAAAUUUAUUCAAGAUUAUCUAAAUUUUACUUAUGGUAAAAUGCGUGAUUGCGAUGUAUGGAGAGACAUAUCUGAAAAGGAGUUUGAGAAUGCAAAAGAAGGCAUGGAAAAGUUGGUCAUGAAUCGACUCUACAAUGUUACAUUUUCACCAAGGACUAUGGAUGAUAAAGAAAAGGACAAUAUUUUGCAUCAUAAAAUCAAAAUCUUUCGCUGGAUCCGAGAGGAGCACUUGGACAUACCCGUUACAGCAGAUAAUCCAUCCUUUUUAACCUUUGCAGAAGCAGAGCUACUAAAAAUCAACAACUACAAGGCGCCACGAGAUAAGCUGAUUUGCAUUCUCAACUGCUGUAAAGUGAUUUUCGGAUUGAUCAAACAUAUGAAUGUAAACGAAGGAGGUGCCGAUAUAUUUUUACCCUUGUUGAUCUACGUGGUGAUACGUGCCAAUCCACCCCGACUCAUCUCCAAUGUUCAAUAUAUAUCCCGGUUUCGUAAUCCUGAACAUUUGAAAGCUGAAGCUGGUUAUUAUCUCACCAAUCUGAUGGGUGCCAUAGAAUUCAUUCAAACCAUGGAUGUCAACUCUCUAACCAUCUCGAAAGAACAAUUCGACGCAAAUAUUGAAAAUACCAUGGCCGCGUUAGAACAAGAAGAAUCACAAGGUGUCUUGGAAAAAGACAAAAAGCAAGUGAGCUACGAUAAUGUUCUUCAUCCUCGACACGCCAAAAAGCAACCUCAGCAGCAGCCAUUGAUGGAUUUAGGGUCAGAUAUAACACAAAAAUCAAAACAACUCGUCGAAAAAUUGUUUUCCGACAGCCAUCCACCCAGCGAUAGUGACACGGGCGUAGCUUCUUCCUCCUCGAGGCAGGUAUAUCCAUCCUCGCCACCACCGCCACGAUCACCGUCGCAGGGCCAAAGCACACCUCAACGUGCCAACAGCCCUUUUUACGUGCCGAACGACCCAUCUUCUUUAUCGCAAGAGCUACCUGUACCUUCGACGAUGGCCGCACCUGAAGGAGCUGUUGCAUCGCCCAGGCCACUCUCUGACGAUGAAGCCCGUAAAGAGUUUGAUGAAAAUCUAAGCACGAUCGUGCAAAUGUUUCCUAAUAUUGAACCCGGAGUCUGUUUUAUGAUUUUACAAGCAAGUAAAGGCAAAUUACCACAGACCAUUGAAAGUUUGCUAGAUAUAUCCAAUGAACAAAACUAGGCUUG